CAAAGCAGCGCAGUCUCUCCGUGCAUUGUCUUCACUAACAGUCCGCGGUGCGCCUUCAAGCCGAGCAGAGCUCCCCCAGCGCCGCUCCCCUGCUCACCUCCAGCCGGCGCACAGCGACAGCAAAAUGGAAGUUAAAUGGCUGACAAACGGAGUUGUUUAGUGCGCCUCACGGGGACGAGAAUGUCCCAGAAAAGCGACGCGAACUCUUACCCAGAUGGGUACAGGGUCCUCAAUAGCUGCGAACUACGGGAGCUCCUACAACAUGAAGAAAAAAUGAAUCAGAUCGUGCGACUCAGUGAAAAGUUCCAGGAGCUCCAGAUGGACAGGGAUACCUUGUUAGUAACCAAUCGGAGUCUUGCAGAAGAUAGCCUUUCCCAUCGGCCUCACCUUCAAAAUGGCAAGCUGCAGUUGGCUGCAAAGUAUGAAGAACUGGCAACGCUGAGCACCGCCUGCAGGGAAAAGCAAAGCCGACUUGAGGCCUUCACGGAGAAGCACAGCCCCCAGACUGCCCACAAUCUGCUCCAGGAGGAGGUCACGCGUGCCGAAGAACAGUCUGAGGAGCUGCUGGAGAGAUUCAUGGAGGGCCACGUGCCCCUGGAGGAGUUCCUGGAUUGUUUUCAAAGCCACAGGAAGACAUACCACGUCCGGCGCGCUCAAGCCGAGAAGCUCCAGGAGCUCAGCAGACCCGGCAGGAAAGCCAAAAAACAGGAGGAGGAGCAGCACAAGAGGGAGGACCAGCUCAAGGAGUCCCAUUCCAACGGCAUCAGCGGUCCGCCUCGAGUCUUCCAGCUUCGCUACGGCCUGACCCCGGCCAUCCUGCUGCCUCUGUCAUCUUCCUCCGCCUCAAUUCUGGACUCUCGCUCAGGCCAGCCACAAGGGUCAGGCCCCAGCGCUCCACACUCCUGCCCAGGGCAGCCUGUCGGCCUCAGAGUAAUAGGACAGUUACCUGGCUGGCCUGUCAGGCCGGUGCGCCUGCAGCAGCUGUACAGGCCUAGUCCCCAUCAGCCUGAACCGCCGUGUCGAUAACGCUCAGCGUGAAAAACCCAAGACCGCACGAAGCCUUCAUCAAGUCCAUAUAAAAUAAUGAUGCUGCCAUGAAAUCAAAUAUCCAUGUUAGGGAUGCACGAUAUUAUUGCCACAUUCGAGGAAUCGACUAAUAAUUGAUUGAGAUGUAAACAUCGGUUUUAGCCCGAUAUCGAAAAUUAUACUGAUUUGCCUCGCUCACAAGAUGAUGAGUCGCCAUUUUCUGGCUAGCUGUAAGAUCAAGUCAACAGUCUGCUGAUUCUUUGAUUGAAUAGUUGAUUGACAAUAUAAAGACAUUAGGCACAUUUCCAUUAUGAAUUUGUGCAGAAGUUUGGCAGUAUUUUCGACAUGUCGACAUUUCCACUAACCGACUAAAACUUAAUAAAAUCGAAAAUUAUAGCAACAGAUAAACAGAUUACAACACAGUCAACGCAUUGGUCAUUUCAUUUUUAAUAGAAGGAGAUCUGUCAGCCACCAAUGCGCUUUUGCCAUUUCUUGUCAAAGCCCUUUUCAGGGAUCCCAUGGGUCAUGGAUUUUCGGGAAUUUCUAUUUUAGACACGGAAUGUCAGGGAAUUGAUAUAUUUUUUGCCCCAAUUAGUUGAAUAUCAUGGAUUUUUGUGGCUGUAGCCAGCCUGGUGAAAGGGGUGGUUCUUUUUUUUCUAAAAAACUGGACCUUUUUGCAAUUAUAUCCCUUAUUUUCUAUUUAAUGGGGUAUAUGCACACAGACUUUUAAUUUCAGUCAGCCAGCCCCAGGGAUUCCGGUGAAUUGUCAUCCCAUACAAAAUCACCCCGUUUAAGAUCUGAUUUCUUUAAAAAACAGCAAUCUUCACUGUCUGGCUGAGAUGUGAUAUAAAGUGGGUAUCAGACCAAACAAGAAGCACUGUAUUAAAUUAUUUUAUUUAAUGCAGUUAUUUUUCCACACCAUGUCUUUAAAAUAUGAAUAUUAAUUUUCCCCCAGUAUUUUCAAUGGAAUUUCUGCGCUAACCUGCUGCUAAUGAAGGUGCCUGCGUUCAAAUGGUCUUUAGUCUCUUUUUACACUUUAACAACCAAAUGGAUGCUUAAGUCAGUUUAACUGGUUCUCCCCGUGUUCGCGUGGGUUUCCCCCAGGUUCCCCAGUUUCCUCCCACCGUCCAAAAACAUACACCAUAGCCAAUCGACUAAAUCAAAUUAUCACCCAAGACAACUACACUUCUCACACGGCGACAGCAGGGGAGUUCUCGAUUCGCCUGUGAUUUCUGCCAUUUGUCUGCGAUUUCCCAAAACUUGUCGCCGAGUCAAAAUCGAGGCUGAAAUCAUGCAGUCUGAACUCGGCAUUGAGUGGCAAAAGUCAGGGAAAUUGGCUUUAAUGUGGGAACCCUGCCUUUUCCUUCAUGUCUGCUUCCAGGUCUUUGUAAAUUGUGGCAUGACUCUGUUGAUUGACUUUAAUAUAUAUGGGAAAGCAUGGCCUCGUAAGUAGUGACCAUAUUAUGCACGCCAUGUGACCUGUAAAUCUGAAUUGCAGAUUCCAUGUUUCCAUUGCAUUCCAGACCUGUUUCCAUUGCAGUUUUGUGAAAUAUUUCUUUUCCCUUUUCUGAAUUAGCUCUAAAACCACCUCUUGCAAACAUAAAAAUGUGAGCAAUGCAAGCUUUUCUCUUUUUUCUUUGCGGUAUUUGAUCAUUUUUGUUAUUUAAGGUUGCAAAUUUAUUAUUGCGAUAUUGUAUUUAUUCAAUGACUGCAGUUUUAUACUAAUAACAAAUGAAAGUGAAAUACAAAAAUAUUCAAUUAAUUCUGUUUGUUGUGACUCGCAAUCUCAAAAGCAAAUAUAGGCCUGCGCAGGUAGGCCUAUAUUUUUGGUCAUAGCCAAAAAUACAUUGUAUGAGUUAAAAUUGUUGAUUUACCUUUUUAGCCAAAAAUCAUUCGAAUAUUAAUUGGGGAUCAUGCUGCAUAAAGAUAUUUUGUAAACUACUUACUGUAUGUAUACAAAACAAAUGUAUAAAAACUCAAUUUUGGUGCAUUUCUUUGCUGUUUGUUAAAACUACUCAUUUAAAGAGUUCCUAUUAUACAUUUAAAAAGGUUAUAUUUUGGUUUUGAGGGUCUCCAACAACAGUCUGAUAUGCAUGCAAGGUCAAAAAACACUUUCAUUGUCUUAUAAUAUGCAUUUAUUUAUACCUUAUUAUCCCAGCGACUUCCAUAUGAUUUGUUCAGCGAUUCAUUUGUUCCCAAACCCUUCCUUUGCGCGAUGCUAAUCUGGCCAUAGCAAUGUCAAACAGCAGAGGAUCGUGAGCUCACAAACGCAUUUAAAUCUGUAAACAAAGCAUCACGUGUCAUAAACAAGUAACAAAACACAAUUAAAUACAUAUUUUGCAAGCUAGAGAAAACAAGGAGGCAACCAUUUUAAUUGCACUCACUUACACUUGUGAACUGGAGGAAGAAACUUAUCCAUGAACUGUGUACUGAUAAAGUUCCUGUCAAGCUCUGACAAAGUCCCAUACAUCAAUAGUCUUUUCUGAUCCUUCCUUUAACAAACGGCAGACGAAUCCCACAUUGCAGGGUAAAUUAUUGCAUUAAUCACCAGAACGUUCACUCAUUGAUUACUCAUCUUCAAUCAUGAUUAGUCCCACACACACCCACACUCUGCUAGAAUUUGAAGGGAAAGGCGCGUUCACGUUUUACCGGAUCCAGCACUUCAUAUUUGGUAUUGUUUCGUGUUGAUGCGAUACGAACAGGCAAAAGAUCAGGACAAACGGUGAAUCAUUCAAACGACUCGGAGUCGUCUAUUUCAUUAAAGAAUCACUAGUAUCAAGUUUUAAUCAUGGUGCACUUUCAGAUUCAACCCUCAGCUGGAUGUUUUCAUUUUUCAUUCACCUUGCAUGCAUAUCAGCCUGUUGUUGGAGACCCCAAAACCAAAAUAUGACCUUUUAUAAUGCAUAAUAGGGGCUCUUUAAUUGAAUGUAAAGCAUAUUUGUUCAGCUUUUAGUCAAUGUAUAAAUCUCAAAUUCAAAACAAUUGACACUUAUGAAUGGUUUUUGGAGUCCAGGGUCACAAAAUUAGCAUUUUACUAAUAGGGAAUAAAACCGCGAACAGCAGACAAUAGUGGAUUAACUAAAGGAAUAUCAGUGAAAAUUCAUUUUAAAAAGUAUCGGCUUAUUGGAUCUCAGCAGAAAUUGAAAUAUCGUGCAUCUCUGAUUCAUGUAUCCAAAAAGGGAGGAGAGUGGAAAGCCAUAAAGUAUUCGUUGAUGUCGCUUGUCGUUGUUGCUCGUACGUUUCUCUUGGUUUGGUUUGUGUAGUUUGUGUGGGGUUUGUUCAGUCGAGCUGCUGUUUGUUUGUUUGUAUGAGGGAAGUGGCCUGUUUCAUGAGACGCUGCUUUUUUGACUGGAAGGUCUUUUUUGGGGGGGCCAGUGAUGGAUUUGUGAUAUGGCACCUUUUUUGUAAUGUUGAUGGGUGUUCAAUAAAGUCUAAUCAUGAUGUUUAUUUUAAACCUA